GAAAAAAGUAAUGGAAGAGUCGAAGACAAUACCACACGAAAUAGGUGGAGUGAGAAGUGAUGCACUUCGAUUCGGUCUACAUGGGGUUAAAAGUGACAUAAUUGGCUCUCAUCCUCUCGAACAAUCCUAUCACUCUACGAAGAUUAAGCAAGAGGAAAUGAAAAGGAAGAUCCUGGCGAAUACUUAUGGCUCGGCUUUACCUAUGAAGUUGGAGCUCGAUCGUCAAAUUCUGUCUAGAUUCCAGAGACCACCUGGAGCAAUACCCUCUUCAAUGGUCGGCUUAGAGGCCAUUACAGGAACUUUGGAGGGCUUUGGUUUCGAGGAUUAUCUAAAUGAUCCGAAGGAUUCUGAAAGUUUCCGUCCAGUUGACAUGCAUCAUGGCAUGGAAGUGCGUCUUGGGCUUUCCAGAGGACCGGUGUGUCCCAGUUUUAUCUGAUCAUUUAGCAGUUCACUGAGAAACUUUUCAAGUCAUGUCUUGUAAGGCAGAAGUGUACUUGUUUCUUGAAGCUUGUGUCUUGGUUAUUCCAAUAUAAUUGUGUUAGAUAAAAGUACCUAUAAUGAACUUGUUUUCUGUUGAUUUCUCCUCGGUCUAGUUUGAAGCAGGAAGUUCUUGAGAUUGUUAUGAAUGUGGUGAAAACUUCAUUUAUGUCACUAAGGGGUCGUUUGGUAGGUUGGAUAUGAAUAGUGUUGAAUAGAGUGUGUUAGUAAUGUUGAGAUUAGUAAUGCUGGAAUUAUAUUUUAUCGACUGUUUGGUUUGUUGUAUUA